GCCCAAGGAAAUUAGACGCGGAUUUGGGAGCGCCAGGUUUAGCAGUUUGGGCUGGCAGGGGCAUGCAAUGGAGUCUCCAUCGCCAACUCUCUUGGCAACCGAGCAUGAACUCUUCGUUGGCGACCUUAUUGAUCAAAUGCGGAAGCAGCGGCAGGAGAAGAGUCAGAGCUACCGAAACCUGCCCUACUUUCAGCACUUGGGCUCUGAGGAGGUCUUUGAGGCCCUCGACCGAGUUCGGCAAGCAAACCUUCUUCAAAUGCAGCUGAAGAUGCAAAAGGACUGCUCAUACUUGCAGCACAUGGAUGACAUGUCCUUGGAGGGCAGGAACGCGGAGACCGUGCGAAAGAGAGUUCAGGAAGGUAAGCUGCAGGGUGGCUUUCGCCAAGUGCAAAACCAAGGUCAGACAACUGUUUGUGGCUGUCUGGAUUGCCAGCUGCGCUUGGGGAACAAGCAGUUCAACAGCUCCUUCCAGUAUGAACAAUCAAAGGAGGUGCUUGCCCAGAAGAUACAGAAGUCCAAGCUCACCUUCUUGGGAGCUGUGUGGCACUGCAAGUCCAUGCUCGUGAUGCAUUUGUCAAGUGAGGGGGGUGCGCCAGACACCAUGGGCACAGCUUUACAUGCUGCAGUUUUGCGAGGUGAUGCUGACCUGAUCCGUUUGCUGUGCAGCCGGAAUGAGUGCGACCCCGGCACAACCUGGAGCGGGAUCACCGCACUGGACUUGGCCGUGGCCAAGGGCUUUGAGGAAGGCGGUGAGGUGCUGCUUCAAAGGGGUGCCCCCCUGCGGCACUAUCGGAAUGAGACUUUGCUGGAGGCGGUGGAGAGGGGCAGCGCCCUCCUUCUUCGUGCUCUGCUUUUGCAAAUGGGCAUCUACUCUCACACAGCCUUUCUGAUGGAGUCUGCUGCCAAGGCGCUGAGCCCCUGUGCUGCUGAUGGCAACACGCCGCUGCACCUGGCCUGCAUUCUGCCAGACCGGGAGGCGCUGGUGAAGGUCUUGGUGUCGCAUAGUGCUGACCUGAACACGGAGAACGAGGAAGGCAUGACGCCGCUGGAUUGCUGCGUGGCAGCGUCCAACACUGGAGCCUGGCGCGUUCUAAAGCAUGCAAGUGGGGGCCAAGCCAAGCAUCGGCGAUAUGAGGCAGAGUAUCGCUCGCUGCGCGCUGCAAUAACCUCAAGCUGCAUUUUCCUGAUCCGCAACAUCCAUUUGCGCCAGGAUGAAGACUCCAAGAAAGGCAAAGUCGACUUGGGAGAUCUUCUACAUUUGGCCAUCAACACGCACGGAGUUGGGGAGGAGGUGGUGCAGUGCUUGGUGGAUCAGGGCGCUGACAUCAACGCCAUCAAGGAUGGCUUCAGCGUGUUGGAUGCCUGCCUGGCCCGGAAUGUGGUGAGUGAAAGCGUGCUUGGCAAGCAUGCCAAGCUCUGCAAGUACCAGGACUACAACCUGUGCAUGGCUGCCAAGGAGGGUUUGGCCGGCCUUGCACGAUACUUGGCGAGUACUGCUCGGAAGGGGAGCAAAGAUGGCACCAAGCAAAGGGACGGAGGCUACUUGCCACUACAUUUAGCUGCCAGUCGUGGACAUGCAGAAACUGUAAAGGCUUUGCUAAAAGCGAGCAGCAAUGUCCAUGAGCAGACGGAUGGUGGCUACACAGCCCUCGAUCUUGCCUGUGAAAACCUUGCAAAGGCCAGCCCCAACUCAGAGGCAUACUCGAGGCUGAGCCACACAAUCGACAUUUUGCUCUCCAGAAACUGCAAGUUAAAGGAGUUCAGAGGAGAAGCAGAACUAGACAAAGCAAGACAGCACAUGCUCAAGGUGGACGUCAAAGACACCGACAAGGACGAUGAACCGCCAAGAAAGCCCAAAAAGAGGCGAGAAGACGAGCCCUUAAAGCUGGUUGAACGAGAGGUCAAGACCAAAGUGUCUGAAGAGGAGAAGAAGGCUGACAACUACAAGGAAGCGGAGAAGCUUGCCAAGAAAGUGGCUGAAAGUCGAGAAGUGCUGCAAGCAAGCUGGCGAGGUGAUGGGGACAAGUUGCCAGAGUACCUGUCAAGCAAGUACUACCAGAUCCGCAUUGAUGUGCUGCGGCGGAAAAUACAGGAGAAGGACCAGCACAUCGAAGAGGCGUUGAAAAAGAUGGACUUUGCUGAAGAGGACUACCUGUGGCUUCUGCGAAAAAAGAUGCGUGACUUGAGGUUGAAGUACCAUCCUGACAAGAUCACUGAUCGGCAGCCUACCGACGAGGACUACAAAUUCUACGAGCGGAUCACGAAGGCGUAUGAUGUGCUUUCCACCAAGGAGGAGAGAGAUAAGUAUUUAGAGAUGGCGAACCACGUUGAGUGGCUGCAGCAGCGUGGCGAGGAGGAAGAAGCAAGGCUUGUUGAAAAGGCCAUGAAUGACAUGGAGACUUCUCACAGGAAGGUCAAAAAAGAUGACAAGCGAGAAGAAGAGACUGGACAGCCGCCUCGAGAACAUGUUGAGCGGGCAAAGAAGAAGCUCCAAGAGAGAAGAGAUGAAGAGACGUGGGACAGGCCUGAUAGGAUCAAAGCGCUCACAUUGGGUACGCCCAACAAAUGCAAGGCGCCUGUGGUCACUGCGCAGCGGUUCUCUGAACGCCUUGAGCAGUGUUGGAUUGACAUCGAAUGGAUGUGCAAGAUGGCAUGUGCAUCUGCCGAGCGCAUUGAGUAUGAGUUGCGGGUUCAGGCCAUCGGGAGAAGCUCCGAGUCUUGGGAUGAGGUCUACCAUGGCUGGGAGAGCAGCGUCUCCCUGGGACCUUUUCCAGUCGGGUCCUACGAGUUCAUGGUCAGAGCGAGAAAUAGUAUUGGUUGGGGUGAGUGGAGCGACGUGGUGGUGGUGACUUUACAUGACCCGAAGUGGGAGAAGCAGCAAGGAAGAGAAGCAGAGACACAGGUGCUUCGCGAGCAAGCCAAGAUUGUGUCCCAAGACAUGGAAGCAAUUCUGGAUGAAUACGAGGAUCUACAGCGCGGAAGCAAGCUGACGAUUCACCGUGCCUCCAACCUUUUGUUUCGUCUGCAGGAGUUGAAGCGAGCGCGUGCUCGCAGCCAUCUUGCCAAUCCACAGCUCCUGCGUCAGGCAGAGUCAACAAUGCAAAUCCUUGAAAGGUGGCGUGACAGAAAGGAAGCAUUUACAGAAUGGAAGCAGUCACUGCUGGAAAUGAGGAACCAGCUCCUGCAGGAUACUGAAGAUGAUGACACGUCAGAUUUGGAGAAUUUCCUUUCCCAGGAUGAGACCUACUUUGGAUCGUUGAGCCCGGACAUCAGGAAUUUGAUUGUUCAAACGCUGUUGGGCUUGGACUCCAAGCAGGUGUUCAAAAGGCUGACCAUCAGUCAGAAGGACGACAAGAUUCUGCGGGCCCUGCAUCGUGGCGUGGAAUUUGGCCGAAGCAUACUUCCACUGCCGGACCGACAGGAUGAUGAAGCUAAGUUCACUCCGCCGGCAGACAGGAGUCGGGCAGUCUUCACCAAGCAUCAGACUGACCAGCUCUCUCGCCUGGCAGAGAAGUUUGCAGUGGCGCGUGCCAAAGCACCGCAGCUGGAAACGCUCGACGCAGGUGAAUUUGACGUGCGUGAGAGCCGAGAACUCGAGUUUGGGCUGGACGACGAGAUGGACGAGAAAAUGUGCUCCAUACUACCAGAAGAGGUUUUGGACACUCAGGCUAAGGAGAAGUCUGGCAAAGCAAUGCGCACGCUAUACAUUUCAGGAUUAGCAGCAACCCAGCGCCGCGUAUCGCGCGAUGACUUGGUCAAGGCAUUGCGACCCAUCGCCGAGGUGGAUGGUGCCAGAGUAGGUGCCGAGGAUGCGCUGGUGCGAUUCUCCAGCCCCGAGCAAGCCAAGAAGGCAUUGAACGUGCUGCAGCGAAAAGACUGGCUGAGACACGUAGAACUGGCUCCCUCCGACCAACUCUCAGAGGAGGCCUUGGCUGCGGCCGGGGGCCGCCCGGUGAGGCUUGCGAGCCCAGAGCUCCCACAGGCUCAAUCCUAUCCACAGCCUCUUCAGUCGAGGCAAGCGCCACGACAGGCCCAACCUCAAGCACCUUUGCCUACAGUACAGAGUCACCCUUCUGCGCCUGCGAGGAAAGAGGCACCCGCAAAGAUGAAGCCUCACAUAAAGCUGAGCCAAGUUGUGGCGAGAGAUGGGACGACCUCGAUGUUUGAAUGCCUACUUUGCAGAGGGCUUGCCUGGGAGCCGCAGGUGGUAAUGUGCUGCCAAAAGGUGUUCUGUGGUGGUUGCUUGGAUGACUUCUUGAGUACUGGCUCAUCGUGCCCGUCUUGUCAGGCUUCACUGGUCGUCAGAGACGGCAGCACCGGUGGCUGCACAGAGCAGACGGUGAAAAGACUUGAAAAGACGGCCGAAGGUGUGAAAGGUGUGGCCUGGCGUGUGUACACGAACAUCAAUGUGCGGUGUGGCAAGAGCUGUACUUGGUACGGGAACAUUCUUGCAUACAGCGAUCACAUGAAUUCGUGCCAAGUUGGCCAAGAGGGAAUUUUGGAUGAUGUGACACAAAGAGCGCACGCAUCCGGACAGGAUUCCCAGAGCCAGGUGCAGGAUGACAUGCGGGGAAUUCACGUGGUUGCUGGCGGUCACUCGUCUUCUGAGAUCCGAACCAGCUCAACUUGAGAGUUGGAGACAAAGUCAAUGUGCAGCAGGUGGCGGGUCACGGCUGGGCCUUUGGCAUCCUGAUAUCGGGCCAAUCGGGUUCGCAGGGCUGGUUUCCUACGCAUUGUCUUCUUCCCCAGCGUCAGCACUCACCUCCUGAGCAAUCACCUCCACCCAGUGCUCCUCCCUCAAGCUCUGUGAAGGUAGAAAGAGAUUAUACAGCAUCAGAUUCUGCUCAGCUCUCCGUGAAAGAGGGAGAGCUGGUGUACGUGAAGCAGAAAGAUCAGACUGGCUGGACCUGGGUUGCACGUGUCAACCCGCAAGUGAUCGGACAGAGAGAGGGCUGGGCCCGUUGAAACUUUAAGGUGCCCGACUGGCUCCUGCAGAAGGACCUCUCGCAUUUGUAGACGUUCGACUCUAUCUUUAUCACCGUCACCGCGGUCUUGUGCUGUGAGAAGCGCAGCAAUGUGUCGAGCG